GCGCUGGCCGGGCGCCGCUUCCCGCCCGCCGUGCUGGUGGACUGGGCCCUGCAGAUCGCCCGCGGCAUGCGCUACCUGCACGCCGUGCCCGUCAUCCACCGCGACCUCAAGUCCAACAACGUGCUGCUGGCGGAGCCCGUGGACCCAGAGGCACCGGGCGGGAACACGCUGAAGAUCACGGACUUCGGGCUGGCGCGGGAGUGGAACCGCACCACCAAGAUGAGCGCGGCCGGCACCUACGCCUGGAUGGCACCCGAGGUCAUCAAGUCCUCCACCUUCUCCCGCGGCAGCGACGUCUGGAGCUACGGGGUGCUGCUGUGGGAGCUGCUGACGGGCGAGGUGCCCUAUCGUGGUAUCGAUGGCCUGGCCGUGGCCUACGGCGUCGCCGUCAACAAGCUGACACUGCCGAUCCCAUCCACCUGCCCCGAGCCCUUUGCCCAGCUCAUGGCUGAGUGCUGGGACCAGGACCCCCACGAGCGGCCGAGCUUCGGAGCGGUGCUGAGCCAGCUGGAGGCGCUGGAGCAGCAGGGCCUGGCUGAGCUGCCUCCUGGCUCCUUCCACUCACUGCAGGAUGACUGGCAGCUGGAGAUCCAGGCCAUGUUUGACCAGCUGCGCGCCCGUGAGAAGGAGCUGCUGAGCCGGGAGGAGGAGCUGGCGCGGGCAGCGGUGGAGCAGAAGUGCCAGGAGGAGGCGCUGCGGCAGCGCGAGCACCAGUUGGCCCAGUGGGAGCUGGAGGUCUUCGAGCGGGAGCUGAGCCUGCUGCUGCAGCAGGCUGCCCGUCAGCCCCCCCUGCUCAAGCGCCGCCGCGGCACCUUCCGGCGCGCCAAGAGCAAGGGCCGGGACGGCGGUGACCGCAUCAGCAUGCCCCUUGACUUCAAGCACCGCAUCACCGUCCAGGCGUCUCCUGGGCUGGACCGGCGCAACGUGGCCGAGGGAGGGGCCGGAGGGUCCCCCACCUUCCCCCGCUUCCGGGCCAUCCAAUUGGAGCCCGUGGAGAGCGCCCCCAGCUGGGCCCGGCCGGCGCUGCGUCGGGGGGACGAGCCUGGGACUGGGGAGCGACGCCCCAAGGCUUGGGGCCCUGGGUCCCCCACGCAGAACGGCAGGCGGAAGUCACGGCUGGACGAUACAACGUGGUACCUGGAGUCUGAGGAGCCCCCCAUGGGAGAGGGGACCCUAAAUGGUGAUGCCAGUGGGACCCAGGAGUCAGAGCGGGGGCUGAUCCAGCGGGCGCUGCAGCCCCGUGGAGCUAGGGGGGGCCGGGGAGGGGGGUCCCCGGACUCCGGGGUCCCCUGA